UAAAAAUUGUUUUUUUUUUGUAAAUUCUACGUUAGUCGUAGGUUUAAAAUUUUCUUAUAAUUUAAUACCUAUUAAGUGAUUUGGUGAUUUUUUUAUAGUCAUGGUGUAUCUACAUUUUCCUUCUAAUCUCACUGAAGAAGAGUUGAUGUUACAUGCAAAGUACCAGAAAUUAAAGAAAAAGAAGAAAGCCCUUCAGGCACUCAAAGCUCCUAAGCAGGAACCCGAGAAACCCGUAUUACCUAAACGUCCGACAGAAGCUAGAGACGCUAGAGAAAUAGCACGAAAACUUAUAAAAAGUGGUGCCAUUCCAGCUAUUAAAAGUCCUCCAACGCAACCUCAAAAUGCCACCUUCAAACGCCCACGAGCUGGGAGAGAAAGAAAACUAAGUGGUUCAACAGGAGGAACUGGUGGUGUUGCAUCAUAUCAACCGUUUAGUGCGUCUCAAGAACCUCCACCACCUGAAGAAAAACCAACACCUCGAGUCAAAUAUCUUUAUGACUCAUUUGUUACUGCUAGAGAUAAGGAUGAGAAAGGAACUAGAAAUCAAGGCGGAAGUGAUGCUCCUAAUACUGGAAAUAAAACAAAUUAUCUGCAGGUUACUGGUACUAAUAUCACUGAAGAAGUUCUGAGACGUCGGUUGGCAUCAUUUGAACCUUUUUCAUUUAUUCAAGAACCUGACGAUGAUAAAGUAUUUCUUUCAUUUGAUAAUGCAGACAUGGCUAACCAAGCCCAAAUUGCUCUUGAUGGAAAUGAAGAAGGCUGGCGAACUACAUUUGCAAGGAGACCCCCUCAAUCAAAGGGAAACUGGAAUUCAACAUCUGCUUCUCGCAAUCAACCACCACCUAAAGAUUUUAAGAGAUCUCUUGUAACAUAUGAUGAUAUAUUUGAAUAAUCUACUGGUUUAUUAUUAAUAAUGUGAAUCUUUCAUAGUAAAUGUUAUUUUGAGGUAUUAUUGAAAAGAAAAUAUUUAAUAACUUCACAUUCACACUGCAAAGCCUAGAUGCGGAUAUAUUAAAAUUUAGAGUCAAGACUUUGUGCUCACUUGCUAAGUCAUGUCUUUAAGUAGCAGUUAGAAUAACUGCUAUUUGCACCAUGAGAAUUUCGUGAACCAAGCUAUAAGACCUCUAUUUGUGAAUUCGUAAAAUUACAACCACAUCAGUUCUCCCUUUUUAACAAACCAAUGACUCAUAAAAGAUAUUGAAAAUAAAAUGAAUUUAUAGAAUAGCUUGAUAAACAAAAUCCGUAUUGAAAUAUUAAAUAAAAUUUAAUUUCGAACCCUCCAAUUUUCGUGAACCCUAAAAUUUUUAGGUUUGAUGGGUUUGUAUUCAGUAUAUUAACAAGUACUGUGCCGUCUUAAACUAGGAAAUAAUUUAAAUAUGUGAAAAAAAUCAUAUUAUGAUUAUGUUUAGGAUAACAUUUUAAUUGUGUCCUACGAUUUAAACAAUGUGCGGAAUUCCAUUUUGAAACCAAGCCGGUUUUUUUUCUCAAUAUUAAGGAUAUAUGAAGUUCAUCAGUUCAAUUCUUGGAAUUUUUUUCUCUGUAGGUGUUGACAUGACUGGUUUGAUAAGUCUCGUACAUAUAUCGUGUUGUGGCAAAGACUUACUGUCCUAUUUUUUCUUUCACUUUAUAAAUCUGGCAUCAAGUAAAAAUACAGCAAUGUUAUCAGUAGCGUAGCUACGUUGGGUGGCACCCGGUGCGGAAGUUGGUGGUGUCACCCCAUCGAAAGUA